AUUCAAGGAAUGCCAAGGUGCAAAACCUAUUCGGAAUGAGAAAAGAUCUCAUAUAUGAUCAGGAAGAGUGAUGCAAACACUCUCAAAGAAGAUUUGUUCGUCUGCUCGAUGUGCAUGAUGACUCAUUUCUCUGACCAGGCUCCAGAGCCCAUCCCCGAGAUUGACCCAAUCAUUGAGUGCCUCAACUGCGCCCAGCACAAUCUCAAAAAGAUUGACUUCUUCAGAAAUGAACACAAGCUUGAUGAUAUAUGGGACAGAGUGCUGCCUCAGCAUGAAGAAUUCAAAGUAAACUGCAAAACUCUCCAAGAGAAACUCCAUACAAUUAAGACCAAUGGACAAUGGAACAAGCUUGUUGACU